AAUACAAGUUAUGCAAAUGAUAUAAAAAUAAUAUUAUACAUUUUUUUUUUUUUUUGGAGUAUCUACCAUCAUACAUUAUUUGAAUAAGAGCAAAAUUUAUUAAAACCCGGUCCUACCGCUCCGUGUCGGACCAGGCCACUCUGGUUCUGGCCUGCAUGCCACCCACCGAUCUGCUCGGAUUGGAAAGACGCAGUAUCAGGUCCCGACUAGGCGCCGUUUUGCAGGAACCCGGCGAACAACGACCUUCCAAAGCAACCGCAAAAAGCGAGGCGAGAAACGCUACGAUCGGUGCCUGGCAGGCUAGAUGGCAAGCAACCUCAAAAGCUGCAUGGACGGGCUGCGUCGUCCCUGACUUGGGGAGAUGGCUGGGAAGGACCGUCCCGUGGGUGCCUCUGACGUUCCACAUGGCACAGGCACUCACGGGCCAUGGUUGUUUCCAGUGGUACCUCCAUCGUAUGGGCAUGGCCACCAGUCCACGUUGCUGGCAGUGUGCAGACGACUCGGACACCGCCGAACACACGUUAUUCCAGUGCGUCUACUGGGAAGGAUUUCGGGAAGCUCUAACCUCCCGGCUAGGUCAUCGUCCGAACACCAUCGACGUGUCCGACAUAAUCUACGGUCCAGUGUUCGAGACUCUGCCGCUGGAUCCAAUCGAUAAGCAAGCGGUUCUUAUAGAAGCCGAGGAAGUUUUUAAACUUUUUUAUCGCAUGGUGGAAAACAUCCUUACUACGAAGGAGGAUGAGGAACGGCGUCGUCAGGCCGCAGAAAGACCUCCGAAUUCACCGAACUAAUUAAUAAUUACGCAUAUCUAUAGUUAAGUUUCUAAAAAAUGUAGCCGAAGGCAAGUUCUCGAUAUUAUUGUAUAACAUCCUAUUGUAAUAGCUAGCGAACGGGAGACUGGCCCGUCGCAGCUACUUAAAUGUGUAAUUGGUUAUUUUUAUCAAUAAACGAUGGGGGCCGGAAGAGAAGU